UUUUUCUAAAAAAAGGUUGAGACUAAAAUCUGACAAUUAACUGAACAGUUUCAAUGAACAAGAUUAACUGAUUGUCUUUUGCUGAAUGAAUAUUUAUUUCCAUCAAUCAGUUGAUUAGUUAAUUUGUGUUAAUCAACAUCAAGUUCAUCUUUUUACCUAAAAGAUAAAAGAAACAAUCAACAAAAUUUGUCUUCUCAUCUGUUAAACAUUUUCACUUUUUUGUUGUCUUCAUUUUUGUUUCCCUAUGUGAUUGUGAUUGUGUUUACAUCUGGAAAUUGAUUGAUUCAUGAUUUAUUAUCUUCAUCAUCCAUGUUACAAUUAUUAAAUAUCAUCUCAAAUUAAUUGUCUAUUGGUUGGUUGGUUAUGGUGUUUAAUCACUUGUUUCCUCUCUAUUCUCUAGUGAUUUAUAUAUAUUUUUUUAUUCUCUUAUGUUUCUCUUCAAUCAUUUUCUCUGGUGUUUUUCAAUUGUGAACAAACAAAUUGCAUUUUAUAUUUUAAAAUGAAUCAUGACUCUAAUAUUUUAAUAGUGUUAAUUAUUUUUCUGACCAUUGGGCAAUCUCAAUUUUCCAUUGUCACUGGACAUAUAUGCAACCAUAUACCACCAAAAAUAGAAGAGAAAAUGAGAAAAUUUUACAUUUCCGUUAAUUGGGUUGAAAUUAAUAUCGGAAAACUUUUUUCGUUGGUGAUAAUUUACAUUUCCGUUUGAAUGUGAAAGCUAAUUUGCAGGUUAUCCAGGAAGAGAGGUAAUUAGCUGAUCAUUUACACCACCAACGAUUAAAUAAAUAUGUACUUUUCCUAUUUUAGAGAUGGUUUUACAUAUGCCGAAUUACCGUUUUUCUUACCGUUCCAUUAAUAAUUAUCGGUUGAGGUUUUCAUCACCAAUGAAAAUCGUUGCCGAAGUUGGUCUACAUAUUGGCCUUUUCGGAUUCAAUAUAACCCUGAAAGACUUGGAUGUAUCCAAAUCAACAGGUAGAACCCCUCUGGACAUGAUUAAUUUUGAUUAUAAUGAACAAUUUCAAUGGAAUUGGGUUUCAUCAUCAGCUGAUAAACCAAAACUUUCAGAAGAGAUUGGUCAUCUCAAGUACCAAUAUCGAUUAUCAGCUUCCAAUGGACUUCCGAUUCCAUUUCUUUGGGUACUUGAUUAUUUCACAAUAGAUGGGGAAGAGUUUAGGUUUACACACUUCUAUCAACAGGCUUCAUGUAGGUUUUCUCUUGGCUGUUGGUUAUUAUCAAGUUGCCUUUUCUGUAUCGUUAUUGAAUAUGGUUCCUUAAUGAUGAUGCUUACUGGAUUAUCUCUAAUUACAACCAAUAUGAUUUGGGCUUUACAUAAUAAUCCAGUUCCAUUGGAGAUUCCAUUUCAAUCACCGAGUGGUGGUAGAGUGCAGUUCUUACACCCUGACUUUUCAUGGGCUUAUUGGAUAAAUCUAACCAAUGGAUUAUUUUGCUUGCUAUUGGGGAGUUUUGUUUACAUUAUUGACAUUAAAUAUCCUGAUCUAACGGCUCAAUUUUUCGGCAUCGAUAUAAUUCAAAACUAUCAAGAUUACUUUCGAGAAAUAGAUGAAGAUAAAAAACGACUACAAAGUGAUGGGUCAAGCAUAUCGACGGACAGCACAUUGAAAAUGAAGAAUGGCGAUUCGAAUUAUGUUGCCUUACGGAAAAAGGUCACCUCUGAUAGACUUUCUCGGCUAAAUCGAUUGACUCUUCGUGAUGGAGGAAAUAAGAGUAUCGAUCGACCCGUUGCAGUUGAUAAUCAAUCGAAAAGUAUCCAAAAGAUCACCGAGCCUCAUUAUGUUGUACCCAAAACGAUUACUGUACCUAUUCAACCUCGAGUAGUCGGUGUGAUACCUGAUGGAUCUCGAGGGGUCGAAAAAUUUUCAUUAUCAACUCAAUAGUUGAUAUCAAUUAUCGUUUCAAGUCUAAAUAAAUUUUAUUUGGAGAGUUAUAUUUAAAAUACAAUAUAAACUAAACUUUCAACUUA